CGUGAUAAUGCGGCCUCCGCCAAACGUCAACAAAAUUACUUAAAACUAACCGUAUCGUCAGCCAGCUCAAAGCACGCUCGACCUUCGGGCUGCGAGCACACCCUGUUUGCAAUUCGCAAAAAACAAACGAGAAAUAUACGAUAAAUAAAAAUAUAAAAAUCGCGGUCCGGUUUCUGUCGACCUUAUUUCGAGUUUGAAGUGAAAAAAUAUAUGUAAGCGGGAUGGAAUGUUAUGAUCGAUGAAAUUCAGUUACAAAUAAAAUCAGUGUUCAAUAAAUUCGAUAACUUAUUUUACAAACAUUUUUUGCCAUUAUCAUUAUUACUUCAAGUGGAUCGUUGAGAAAGUGACUCUAAGUUUAGUGAGUUCAAAUCGUAUUGUACCCAGCGACUACUUUCAUCUAUAAAGAUGGGCUGUUACCGAGCGCUGUUAUUGGCAUUGUUAGUGCGAUUUGUUCAAUCCGAAGAAAAUUUCGAACCAACAUGGGCAUUUAAAUGCGUACCAGAUAAGGGCUGUCAGAGGACGACGGAGCCGGUUGACCACGUCUCUUCAGAGGGUCCCGAUCUCUUCAGCAGUUUAAGCGUCUGCAGGACUGUUUGCGGCCGAUUUGGAGGCCUCUGGCCGAAACCUGUUGUUGCUGCUCUUAGCAUGCAGACUGUGCGGUUCCACCCUAACCAUUUAAGAUAUGACAUGAUUGACGUUCCAGUUGCAGUCAGACCUCUACUUGUUGCAAUGACCAAAGUAGCCUCUAGCAACUUGAUGGCAGAGUGUCGAAACAACGUUACAGAGAUUUUUGAUACUCCAGUCACCGUCUAUUUGAACAUUAAGUCAUCGAACACGGAGCUAACUUGGGAUACUGAUGAAUCUUACAUACUCGAUGUUCAAACUAAAGAAGGCAAUGUAGUUGUCCACAUAUCAGCUGAAACAGUUUUCGGAGCGCGACACGGGUUAGAAUCUUUUAACCAGUUAAUUGCUGCCGAAAUGCCCGAAAAUGUUGAACAUUUCAAGUGUACUCUACGUAUUAUUUCCGGCGCUAAGGUCAAGGACCACCCAGUUUACAAACACAGAGGACUUCUUCUAGAUACUUCUAGAAACUUUUUUCCAGUAGAAGAUAUUAAGAGAACUAUAACCGGCAUGGCUGCCGCAAAGAUGAACGUGUUUCAUUGGCAUGUAACGGAUUCUCAUAGUUUUCCUUUGGAAUCAACUCGUGUUCCUCAACUUACAAGGUACGGGGCGUAUUCAGCGUAUGAAAUUUAUACUGUAGAUGAAGUGGAGAGUUUGAUACAGUUUGCGAAAGUUCGAGGCGUGCGUGUGAUUAUCGAGAUUGAUUCGCCAGGACACGCUGGCAACGGAUGGCAAUGGGGGAAGGACUAUGGGUUUGGAGAUCUAGCAGUAUGCAUUAAUGCUCCAGAGUGGAGAAACCUCUGCUACCAGCCCCCAUGUGGUCAGUUGAACCCAGCUAAUCCGAAGAUGUACGAGGUCUUGAGAAGCUUGUAUCGAGAUAUUGCGGCUAUGCUGCCUAAACCUGCAGUUUUGCACAUGGGUGGAGAUGAGCUUUUCUUCAGCUGUUGGAACUCAUCACAAGAGAUAUUAGAUUAUAUGAACUCCAAGGGCUUCGACUCGAGCAAUCCGAGCGGUUUCUUCGAGCUAUGGGCGGAGUUCCAUUCGAAAGCCCUGAAGAUAUGGGAUGAGGAGCUUGCAGCUGAGGGUGGAAAACCGCAGAAGGUCAUUCUCUGGUCUUCAGAACUUACUAAACCUAAUAGGAUUGAAAAAUAUUUGGAUAGCGAGAGAUACGUAAUCGAAGUUUGGGAGCCAAUAAACAGUGAUAUGCUUUCCAAGCUACUUGGUCUCGGCUACUCAGCUAUUUCCAUACCCAAAGACGUCUGGUAUCUGGACCAUGGGUUCUGGGGGACAACUAAAUUCUCCAAUUGGAGGCGGAUGUACUCUCACAUGCUGCCUGGACAUUCAAACGUCUUAGGAGGAGAAGUAGCCAUGUGGAGCGAAUACAUUGAUCGUUUAGGACUGGAUGCUCGAGUAUGGCCCAGAACGGCAGCAGUAGCUGAGAGAUUGUGGUCCACUCCAUUAUCAGGCGCAAAUGCUGCUGAACCGCGCCUCCAAAGAUUGCGCGAGCGCCUUCUGAAUCGCGGCUUACGCCCCGACGCCAUGUCACCCGGCUGGUGCGCACAGAAUGACAUGUCAUGCUUAUAGAAUACUGCCAAACUGUGCUCAUAAAAUAUGACAAAUAAUUUUCAUCCCCCGUUGUUAAAUUUCAGAGACCUAUUUUCGUUUACCGUUAACACGUACAUUAAUGUGGUCAGUCUAUAUUAGCGUGAUAACCACAGAUAAUUUUUUGGUAUACCUAACGCGGUCGAAUCAGUCAAUUAACUAGGAAGCAAUGAGUUUGAUAUAAGCUCGAGGACUUUCAAGGACACCACAUAACGUAAUAAUAAACUAUUUGAUGAGAGUUCCAUCAAUACACUAAUUAAAAUUAGCCAAUAUUUAGCACUGACUAGGUUAAGGACUAAAAUAAAAGACAGUCUGAAGAUUUUUAAGUUCUUGAAUGAGUUGAUUAUUUGAGUUGAAUUAAGCACUUGACGGAGUUAAUACAUGAAUCAAUUAUCUAAAACACAAUAUUAUAUACACGUUGAAAACAAAUAAAUUCUGAAAUUCAGAAUUGAAACAGUUUCAUGGGUUUCAGAAAUAUAAUUUGACAUUUCCCUUUAUCUUUCAGAAGGGUCUUUCGAUUUAAACAUCCUCUGUCUGUCCAUAUGGUACUAAUGUUUACGGUCGCCGGGCCAUGCAAUAAAUAAAGACGGUAGAAAAGACUGGAAAUAAUUAUCUUGUUUAUGGUGCACCCUGACUGCGAUGAUAAUUGUCGCACAAAACUUAUCAUUAUUUUUCGAUAAGUACACUUAAAACAGUAACGUAGAAAAUAAUUGUAUAAUUUAGCCAUAAAUGGCAAUUAUUAGGGGAAUAAUAAAGAUUCCGAAAAGCAAAUGGGACUGUAGCGACUAGCGACUAAGUCUAACUGAUAUACUAAGCAGCGUUAAAAUCACUUACUGAAAAAUAAACAGUGCAUACUGACAAAAUUAAUCAUAUUUAGUAAACAAUCAGUACUUUUUCAAAUCACAAUUCUACGGAAAAAUACUGUAAUUCCCAAUAAUAUACUUAACUUCCGAAAGAAAUACUAAAGUUUAAGAGAUGUAUAAGGUAGGUUUUUAAUUUAUAAUAUGGAUUCCCGCGGCUCGUUUUUCAAUGCGUUACUACGCACCACCACGCCUCACCCGGCAAAAAAUGAGCUGUGGAAAACCGCCAAUAGGUGAUUGCUAACAAUAUAGUUUUCGGAGAGUAAGUAGUCACGUCAGCAAGAUUUUUAGGAACUUUCAGUAUUUCAUUCAGUAGUUUCCCUAUUUUUAUUUUCACAA